CCCAAAACCCUAACCCUUUUCCACCCCUCCCAUUAUUUCACCAAGCCGAGAGAGGUAGGGUUUUAGAGAAACCAACUAGGGUUUACCGUCAGCAGUGAAGAUGGUGGCAGACAAAGGCAAGAAAUUGAAGCAGUCGGAGAAAGAAGAAGAAGUGAACUCAGACCACAUUGAUGGGGACCUCGUUCUCUCCAUCGAGAAGUUGCAGGAGAUCCAAGAUGACCUUGAGAAAAUCAAUGAGGAAGCAAGUGAUAAAGUUUUGGAAGUAGAGCAGAAGUACAACGAGAUAAGGAAGCCCAUCUAUGACAAGCGAAAUGAUAUCAUCAAAUCCAUUCCGGACUUCUGGUUGACUGCUUUUUUGAGUCAUCCUGCUCUUGGUGACCUUUUGAGUGAAGAAGACCAAAAGAUUUUCAAGUAUCUAAGUUCUUUGGAAGUGGAGGACUUCAAAGAUGUGAAGUCGGGUUAUUCUAUUACAUUUAACUUCAAUCCCAAUCCAUUUUUUGAAGAUACCAAGCUGAAAAAGACUUUUACCUUCCUUGAUGAAGGCAUUACCAAAAUUUCUGUUACAUCAAUCAAGUGGAAGGACGGCAUGGGCAUUCCUAAUGGGGUUAAUCACGAGAAGAAAGGAAACAAAAGGCCCAUUGCUGAUGCAAGUUUCUUUAGCUGGUUCAGUGAAACCCAACAGAAAGAUAUCAUGGACGAUAUUCACGAUGAGAUUGCAGAGAUAAUCAAGGAGGACUUAUGGCCCAACCCUCUCACUUAUUUCAAUAGUGAAGCUGAUGAGGAAGACUUUGAUGGCGAAGAUGCCGAUGAAGAGGGAAAAGGAGGUGAUGGUUCUGAAGAGGACGAUGAUGAUCAAGAGGAUGACGAUGAGGAUGAUGAUGACGAUGAGGGCGAUGAGGACGACUGAAUUCUUUCCAUGUUGGCAGUACACUUCUUUUAGAUUUCCCUGCUUUGGUAAUGGCUUUUGUAAAGUCUCUAAUGGUUGCAAAUGUACCAGGUGACGGGACAGUGACUACUUUAACAUCGUAUCAUGGUAGCUCUCUUCUAUCUUGUAGGCACCUUCAAUGUCACGGCCAAGCGGAGGUUCUCCAACUCUGUUAGGCCUAUAUUUUUUUUAUGUUUUAUGAGGCUAUCUUUUGUGGGUUUUCUUCCCUUGAUAUGACGGUCAGUAGAUGAUGAGGGUAUAUUGUCUUUGUUUUGAACUUUAUCUGUUAUGAACUCCAUCAACAAGGAAAAGGGUAAAAUUAUACUCUAGGGUGUAAAUCUCAUCCUAUGUAUAUCUGCAUAGUAUAUGUUUGCUUUUUA